AUGCUGCUGGGUCCAGCUGACUACGAGUACACAGCCCUGGGCACGCCGACAUCCGCUGGGACCCUAGGACACUGCCGAAGAGUGUUCAGGCGUUUCGUGGAGGUUGGCCGGGUGGCCUACGUCUCCUUUGGACCUCAUGCCGGAAAACUGGUCGCGAUUGUAGAUGUCAUUGAUCAAAACAGGGCUUUGGUUGAUGGACCUUGCACUCAAGUAAGGAGGCAGGCCAUGCCUUUCAAAUGCAUGCAGCUCACUGACUUCAUCCUCAAGUUCCCACAUAGUGCCCGUCAGAAGUAUGUCCGGCAAGCCUGGCAGAAGGCAGAUAUCAAUACAAAAUGGGCAGCCACAAGGUGGGCCAAGAAGAUUGAAGCCAGAGAAAAGAAAGCCAAGAUGACAGAUUUUGAUCGUUACAAAGUCAUGAAGGCAAAGAAAAUGAGAAACAGACUCAUAAAGUAUGAAGUUAAGAAGCUCCAAAGAGCAGCUCUUCUGAAAGCUUCUCCCAAAAAAGCAACUGCUGCAAAGGGGGCUGCUGUAGCUGCAGCAGCUGCUGCAAAAGUUCCAGCGAAGAAGGUGACUGCUGCAGGCAAAAAGGUUCCAGCCCAGAAGGAGAAGGCAGCAGGCCAGAAGGAGAAGGUUUCUGCCCAAAAGGAGAAAGCUACAGGCCAGAAGGGUGGGCCUCCAAAAGCUCAGAAGGGUCAGAAAGUGCCAGCCCAGAAAACACCUGCGCCAAAGGCAGCAGGCAAGAAAGCAUAA